GCCGGGGCGGUCACCGCCGCCGCCCCGCCCCGCUUUACGACAGCCGGUGGCGGCUGUGCGGCGGGGCCCGGGGCCGAGCGACGAGCCUCGGACCUCAGCCAGCUCGGCCCGGCCGUCGGCAGUGCGAGGGGCCUGGGGCCGGGCGGCAGCCGCGGUCAUGGCUGGUACCAUGGUGGCGGUUGGCCUGACCAUAGCAGCAGCUGGAUUUGCAGGUCGUUAUGCACUCAAAGCUAUGAAGCAAAUGGAGCCCCAAGUAAAACAAGCACUUCAGAAUCUACCGAAACCCGACUUCCGUGGUUAUUAUAGAGGUGGAUUUGAACCCAAAAUGACUAAACGAGAAGCAGCUUUAAUACUAGGAGUGAGCCCUACAGCCAACCGAAGUAAAAUUAGAGAAGCUCAUAGACGCAUCAUGCUUCUGAAUCAUCCAGAUAAAGGCAUUUGAUGCAGUUUCUAGGCAACUUCUCUGAAAUUCCCAAGGACAACUUUGCCACCUUACAGCUAAUGGCUGUCGCUAAGCAACCUCUUCUGGCUGCGGUAAUGUGCUUGAAAAAUUUAACUGUUUAUAUUAAAUAUCGCUCAUAACUUCCCAUUGUUUCUGAGCUAACCAAACCUUCACAGCUUUUUAUUACUAAAAAAACCUGAACACCUACCAUUUAUGCUAAGCAUCCAGAACCUCUCCCUACCAACAAUUCUGGAAUAAAGGUAUUUACACUCCUAUAUAAACAAACUGAACAUUCAUUACGGUUUCAGUUUAGUCAAACAAUUCACCAGGACAGAGUAAAAAAACUAAUAAAUAUUAUCAGUAUCGUCAGAAUUAACCUGAUCAACAUGCCAUGAUCAAAGGUAUCAUCAGUGCCAGGCCAUGCAAUUCAGAAGAACCGUGUGAUUUCGUGACACAAGUGAGCUACACGGAGAUGAUCAAGAGUAAUUUACUGUAUUCAAUUUUUCGCCCUGUUUACUAGGGCGCCUAUGUAUCUUUGUGAAAUACGUCUAUAUUUAAGUGCAGACUUUCCAACUGGGGGGAUGCAGCUGAGUGAAAAGGGGAUGUGCACACUUCUGCGAGGAACUGCUACUCAGUUCCAUAGAAUACCUCACUACACCUAAAAUAAAUCCAGUUAGUUUCUACCCAAAUUCAAAAAUGAUUACGAAGAAGCUUUGUGCUACAUCCAUUUUAAGUUUUAAUUUUCACAGGUAUGCUCAUAGAAUGACCAUGAUCACAGACAAGCUUUUCUCCUCCUCAGUCAAGUCAGAUAAUGUUACUUUAAAAAAAAAUCGUCUCCUUAGAGUAUCUGUACCUCUUGCACACACCAUCACUUUCAAUUUUUUGUCAUACAACUGCUAUCAUUGAAAGCCAAGAUUUUACCAGAGUUCAGUUUGCUCAUUUUUUCAGUUAAAAAUUUAACUUCAGCAAGAGUAUAAACUAACUAGGUUUUCUGAGCUAUGCGGAAAAAAAGGCAAUUCUAAAUUUUCAGGUCUACCUUCAACUCAACUACUCUGAACACAAAGAAAUCUAAAGAAAAGCUAUGGAUUCAAAAGUAUACUGAAGACUCGUUCAAUAGCUGCUCUACAGUUGUAAAAACC